AUGGCUGAAGAUCCGCCACGUAACGAAGGUGCCGGUAUGAGGCCAUGUCACAACAGUCCACGAAGGCUUGCUCAUCUUGCAAGACCUCCCAGAGGUGCAAGACAGACGGAGAUGAAAACCGGUCUCUUGCAACUGUUAUAUGCUAACCCUUUUACAGGUUUAUCACAUGAAGAUCCAUACAAUCAUUUGGUGAAGUUCUAUGAAAUAGCCGGUUCACUUGGUGCUCCUGAAGCGGAGGAGGAAGCGGUGUUCAUGAGAAUGUUUCCACAUUCAUUGAUAGGAAAGGCCAAAGAUUGGUACCUUGAUUUACCAGCUCAAGUCAUGACAAAUUGGAAUACUUUGGAAGAGAAGUUUCUUGAUCGGUUCUUUCCACAUCAUAAAUUCAUGGAGUCAAAGACAUCAAUUGCGGUGUUCUCUCAAGGCUCCAAUGAGACUCUAUGUGAAGCAUGGGAUCGAUACAAAGCAAUGCUGCGUAAAUGCCCUAAUCAUGGAUUUGAUGAACUAACCCAAAUUCAUAUUUUUAGAAAUGGUCUUUUGCAGGAUUCAAAGCUCCUUUUAGAUGCAACAGCAGGUGGUUCUCUCUUAUCAUUAAGUGCUGCAGAUGCUACGACUAUCAUUGAGAAAAUGUCACUUAGUGAUCGACAAAGUGAACGCAGCAAAACUCAAAGGAAGCCUGGGAUUCUUGAACUUGAUCCGUCAGAUGCUGUAUUGGCUCAAAAUAAACUUCUUACCAACACAGUGGAGGAGUUAUCCAAACAAAUGUCAAAAUUGAUGACUCUUCAAGAAGGAUCGGGGAAAGCAAAGCAAGUAGCAUCAUGUGAAUUAUGCACCGGAAAUCAUCCAACUGGUCAUUGUCCUCCAUCUCAUGAAGAGGUGAACUUCAUGGCAAAUCAACAAAGACAAAGUCAGUAUCCGAAUAAUGCUGGCUAUCAAAGGGGAAACAACUCAAACUAUGGUCAAGGUUGGCAACAAGAUGGUGGCUCAGCAAAUAGGCAAAGACAAUAUGAAAGCUACAGUCAACCACCGGUACAACAAACUCAAAAUUCAAAUUUGGAAGAAGCUUUGAGAUCAUUCAUAGAGAUGCAGACCAAACAGAAUCAACAACAAAAUGUGAUGAAUCAACAACAAAAUCAGUUUGUGCAAGAAACUCAAGUCUACCAAAGAGGCAAUGAUGCGGUGUUAAGAAAUCUUGAGACUCAGAUUGGUCAAAUAGCAAAAGAAAUGGCCAAUAACAAAAAUCAAGGAGGAUCAUUUGCAGCAAAUACCGAACCAAAUCCAAAAGAGCAAUGUAAGUCUGUCACAACUCGAAGUGGUAAGGAGGUAGGAAAGGGAAUAGGUGAUAAUUUGAGGAAGGAAGAGGAGGUUAUGAGACGAGCAGAUGAAGAGGAGGAAGGAGAAAAGAAGGGAGAGAAGGAGGUUGAAGUGAGAAAAGAAAAGAAUAGUUUACCUCAACAUCUGCCAUAUCCACAUGCUCCAUCAAAGAAGGAUAAAGAAAGGCAGUAUGCAAGGUUUAUGGAUAUCUUUAAAAGAUUGCAAAUCAACAUUCCAUUUUCCGAAGCCUUGGAGCAGAUGCCAACAUAUGCAAAAUUCAUGAAAGAAAUCCUUACCAAGAAGAGAAGGUACAAUGAUGAUGAAGUUAUUCAACUUGAUGCAAGCUGUAGUGCCAUUAUUCAACGAACUCUUCCGACUAAAGAAAAAGAUCCGGGGAGAGUCACGUUACCGGUUACCAUUGGUAAUAUGAAUGUUGGAAAAGCCCUUAUUGAUUUAGGGUCAAGCAUCAAUCUUAUUCCUUUAUCGGUGAUUAAACGGGUUGGUGGUCUUGACAUCACACGUACAAGAAUGACAUUGCAACUUGCUGAUAAAUCCAUCACUCGUCCGUCGGGAAUGGCUGAAGAUGUUCUUGUAAAAGUUGAUAAGUUUAUGUUCCCUAUAGACUUUGUGGUGAUGGACAUUGAAGAGGAUGAUGAUGUUCCGUUAAUUCUUGGAAGGCCAUUCAUGAAAACAGCUCGUAUGAUGAUUGAUAUUGAUGACGGGGUAAUGAAAGUUCGAGUUCAAGAUGAGGAGGUUAGUUUUAAUUUGUGGGAAGCUAUGAAGCAUCCACAUGAGAAAGAUAUGUGCUUCAAACUUGAUGCAACUGAAGAAGCCAUAUUAGAUGUGAGGAAACAAGCACAUCAACCUUCAUCACUUGAACAAGCCCUAACUGAAAGUUUUGAAGCACUUGAUCCUGAGAAAGAAGAAGAAGUUGAGAGUUUUCUGAAGCAGCUGGAUGCUUUGAAGGAAGUAACUCCUUUAGAAGCAAAGAUUGAGGAGCUUAAGAAUGAAGAAAGACCGGGUGAAGUGAAGCUUGAGUUGAAAACAUUACCAUCUCAUCUCAAGUAUGCAUUCCUUGAAGAAGAAGAAAAGAAACCGGUGAUCAUUAGCAACUCAUUGUCAGCUGAUGAAGAAAAAAGCUUGAUUCAAAUUCUGAAAGAAAACAAAGAAGCAAUCGGGUGGUCUUUAUCCGAUCUCAAAGGUAUUAGUCCAUCUUAUUGUAUGCAUAAUAUUAUGAUGGAAGAUGAUUACAAACCUGUUGCUCAGCCUCAACGUCGAUUGAAUCCAACAAUGAAGGAGGUUGUAAGAAAAGAAGUGGUAAAGUUACUUGAAGCUGGUAUGAUCUAUCCGAUUUCCGACAGUACUUGGGUUAGUCCAGUCCAGGUGGUUCCAAAGAAAGGAGGGAUGACAGUGAUUGCGAAUGACAAAAAUGAAUUAAUUCCAUCAAGAACCGUCACCGGGUGGCGGAUGUGUAUAGAUUACCGGAGACUCAACAAAGCAACCAGAAAAGAUCAUUUUCCAUUACCAUUUAUGGAUCAAAUGCUUGAGAGAUUAUCCGGUCAAAAGUUCUAUUGCUUUCUAGAUGGAUAUUCGGGGUACAAUCAGAUUUCAGUCAACCCCGAAGAUCAUGAAAAAACAGCUUUCACAUGUCCUUUCGGUGUUUUUGCUUAUAGAAGAAUGCCUUUCGGAUUGUGCAAUGCACCGGCAACAUUUCAACGGUGUAUGCAAGCAAUUUUUUCUGACUUGAUAGAGAAAUGCAUCGAAGUGUUCAUGGAUGAUUUCUCCGUGUUCGGUCCAUCAUUCCAACAUUGCUUGAAGAAUUUGGACACCGUACUGAAGCGGUGUGUUAAAACAAACCUGGUUCUUAAUUGGGAGAAGUGUCAUUUUAUGGUGACCGAAGGCAUUGUUCUUGGUCAUGCCGGUUUCUACCGAAGAUUCAUCAAGGAUUUCUCAAAAAUUGCCAAACCAUUAAGCAAUUUGCUUAAUAAAGGUACGUCUUUUACAUUUGAUGAUGAAUGUUUAAUUGCUUUUAAUAAAUUGAAAGAAAGAUUGGUGACUGCACCCAUAAUCAUAGCACCCGAUUGGAAACUUGAAUUUGAAUUGAUGUGUGAUGCUAGUGAUUAUGCAGUUGGUGCAGUCCUUGGACAAAGAAAGAACAAAAUUUUUCAUGCUAUACACUAUGCAAGCAAAGUAUUAAAUGAUGCACAAGUUAACUAUGCAACAACCGAGAAAGAACUGCUUGCUAUAGUGUAUGCACUUGAGAAAUUUCGUUCUUAUUUGAUUGGUUCAAAGAUUGUUGUGUACACUGACCAUGCAGCUAUCAAGUAUUUGAUUACAAAAGCUGAUUCUAAGCCGAGACUCAUUCGGUGGAUGCUUUUAUUACAAGAGUUUGAUCUUGAGAUCAAAGAUAAAAAGGGAACAGAAAACUUGGUAGCUGAUCACUUAUCGAGACUUGUAAACAAUGAGGUGACCAAACAUGAACGUGAGGUUCUUGAAGAAUUCCCCGAUGAAAAACUGCUUAUGGUGCAAGAAAGGCCAUGGUUUGCUGAUAUGGCUAAUUUCAAAGCAUCCGGAUUAAUACCGGAUGAUUUCAAUUGGCACCAAAAGAAAAAGUUCCUCCUAUUUGAUUGCUGGGGAAUUGAUUUUGUUGGCCCUUUUCCAUCAUCAUUUUCAAAUGAAUACAUUCUUGUGGCAGUAGAUUAUGUGUCUAAGUGGGUGGAAGCAAUUGCGUCACCAAAAGCCGAUGGCAAAACGGUGAUAAAAUUUCUAAAAAGAAACAUUUUCACUCGUUUUGGAACUCCUCGUGUGCUUAUUAGUGAUGGAGGGUCACAUUUUUGUAAUUCUCAACUAGCCAAAGCACUUGAGCAUUAUGGAGUCAAGCACAAAGUAGCAUCACCAUACCAUCCUCAGACCAACGGACAAGCAGAAGUUUCGAAUCGUGAAAUAAAGAAAAUUCUUGAAAAAACUGUGUCUGCAUCAAGAAAAGAUUGGUCAUUGAAGUUAGACGAGGCAUUAUGGGCAUAUCGUACUGCUUUCAAAGCACCAAUAGGCCUUACACCUUUUCAGAUGGUAUAUGGUAAGGCAUGUCAUCUCCCGGUUGAGCUUGAACAUAAAGCCUAUUGGGCUUUGAAAUUUUUAAAUUUUGAUGAAAGCCAAGCCGGAGAGCAAAGAAAAGUUCAGCUUCAACAGUUGGAUGAAUUGAGAUGCCAAGCUUAUGAAUCUUCUAAGCUGUACAAAGAGAAGGUCAAAAGCUAUCAUGAUAAACGGCUUGUCAACAAAGAAUUCAGGCCAGGCCAAAUGGUUUUGCUUUUCAACUCAAGAUUGAAGUUAUUUCCGGGAAAGCUUAAAUCCAAAUGGUCCGGUCCUUUCAAAAUCCGUGAAGUGAAACCAUAUGGUGCAGUUGUGUUGGAAGAUCCAGCUACCAAUGACACAUGGACUGUGAAUGGUCAAAGAUUGAAGGUCUAUUUUGGUGGUGAAUUUGAUCGUAGCACUACCAAAAUCCCACUUUCCGAUCCUUGA